CCACGUGUAUCUAUUAUUCUCUGUUGAGAAAAAUGGAGUCAAAAGAAGAAGCAGGUGAAGCAGAAGCUUCCAGCAAUGAUGAGGUAUCCUCUGGACUCUUGGCUGACCUUGAGGCCCCUGAGGAAUUGUUCAAAGUGACAGGGUUCUGUGAAAAGCUGGCAAAAAUGUCGACUGUGUUUCAAAAGCUUCAUGUUGGAACAGCCUGUCUUGCGUUACUCUCCUGCGAUCGGAUAGUCGCACAACUAAAGCAAAAAGAUCUUGCUGAUGGCAGUGUGGUGGUAACUGGGGUGACCUCUUUGCUCAAGUUUCUACUGGACUCACUGCAACAUUGCGGUAGCCAUUACUCGAUUGUGUUCAAAGCUCUCAGUGAGUUUUGUCAUGGGCAUUCAUUUCUUAGCACUAAUGACAGAAGUUACCUCUUUGAGCAGCUAAAGAAGAGCAAGUUCGAUGCAGAGAUUGCAGAACUUGAAGGCACCUUACCAGAAGAUGCCUCCACUAAGAGCAAGACCAAACCCUCCCCUCAAUCGAAGGACUCUGCUCAGUCCACACUCAAGAGCUUCUUUGCUACCCUCACCACUCCGCUCAGACAAUCCUCCCUCUCACCAAAGACACAGUCGGAAAAGGACCCCACGACCUCUGACCUCUUCUCUCAGGUGUGCUCCGAGGCGCUGUGUGAGUUGGGGGGUGGGCUGAUCCUCAUGGACUACUGUUCUGGUCUCACUGCACUCCGACCUGCGGAGAAGAACUAUUGGAGCUCCUCAGGGGAGAAUGGCAUGACCGGGCUAGUCAAUAGAUUGGUUGAGAGCAGCUGUGCUGUGGAGGCAGUCUCACUGAUAGUGCAACUGCCUGUUCUGGUGAACGAUAGCUCCAACCUUCGACCAAAUACGCUGACUCAGCUACUAUUCAGUUGUGUUGAGGCCUCGACUGCUGCAUGUGUGUGCCUCGCUGGACUGGGCAAGAAGACAGUGCAGCCUGCUGACGAGGGUACUAGUGCAUCAACAGCUGACACCGAGGUCGUGGUCAGUUCUCUGGCCGAGCUCUACUCUCACUUAUCAGCGUGUGCCCCGCCCGCUGGCCACACCCCUUUCCAGGCCGUCAAGGCACUCGUCUCAUCCAUUACCUGCAAUGCCAUCAAAGCUCAUGUGAGCCUGUUGUCCAUCCUGGGUGCUCUGCACAACACCACACCCCUUUAUUGGAACGUUAACACUCUGUUCAUCUACCACGUCUUCAAUGGGUUAGGGUCCCUACUGGGUCAGACAGGAAGUGGGACAGGAAGUGAGCCUGGAGGCAAUAAGCUGUUUGGUCAUGUGCGACUGUCUGUGCCGUGUGGAGAGCUCGUGUUGGCAGCUGUCGAGUGGUUGCAGCUGCUCUGUGAGGAGUUACUGAGAGAUGGCGAGACUACCACGGAGGAGAAGGCACUAACGAUUCUCACCUUUGACCUCAACACUAACUACACCAGCUGGCAACGUGUGGAGAUGCUCCUCACCCACACCCCUCUAUUGAGCGUGCUCCCAGCCGUGCUACUAGCCUCAUACAAGAAGGCCACAUCGCUAAUGGAGGCAUCUCGAGCUCAGUCUAAGAAAGAACAAGACACGCUCGUGCGAACACGUACAGACAAACAGGAGAGCCUCGCCCAGCGACUCAGUCUGGCACUAUCAACCAAGAUAUCAGAGAAGGCAGAGUCACUAUUGGCCCCGCCCAUGGAAGGUGACGAGGAUGAAGUAUAUUCCCCAUCCUCCAACUCCACAGUGAGCUCCAGUGGUGAUGUGGAGGGAGUGUACACACUGCAGGAGUCUGACCUGGCUGACUCGGAGUUCUCUUCUGGGGAUGAGGAAUCAGUUAUGCCUCUGCCGUUGGACUUCCCCCACCCGUUGCCUGGCCACCCCCUCUUUCCAUAUAUGGUCGAUUUCCUUCGUCACACAGCGUCACCUGCCACCCCGGCAGCCCCUCCCCCUCCACCCCCUCUCCCACCACGCCUACCUCCUCGUAACAUACCACGGAAAUCAGAUGAGGGAACAUUGCAACAAGCGGAGCCAUCGAAGAAAAAACCUGCUUUCUAUCUUCGUCUUUCCCUGCAAACAUUGUCUUGCUUAUCCUCCGGUUUACUAUGUAGCCAGAAUAGUCAGGUGACAGAGUUUGUACGCAAGAAGCUAUCUGCCGAGCACAUGUCUUGUUUCGCUUGGCUGCUUCGUUCUGUGACUAAUGAUCAGCUGCAGUCAGAGCUGCUUGAGAUGCUCCAUAGCCUUGUGAUGAGAGGUAUUAUAGGAGAUGGUUUGCAGGGACUAUUGCUGAGGGAGUUGGAGCUCAAUACCAAGUGUUGGCCACUACAGGUGUCCCACUCGUGUCUGUCCCUACUGGGUAGAGUGUUGGUGUACAGAGGACGGGCAGACCAUCCUGAGGGGGAUCCUCUCGCCAUCAACAUCUGGAAGGGAUUUUUGAGGGCAAUUGAAGAAGCUUGCUUGUCUGAGGACGAGUCCAAUGAAGACUUUGAUGUGACAUACCUUCAGCUGUUCUUGUUGGUGUGGCACAACUUCCCCUCCCCCGUGAGGAAGGAGCUCCUCGUGCUCUGUGCCCACAUCAUCAUCAGGGUGGCUGAUGCCAGACAGACUGGUGGGCGUGUAUCAUCACUGAUGACCAGUCGACUCCUCACUCUAUUCGAUUACCUCCUCUUCCAGUUCUCAGAGCCAGUGUCAGAGCUCAUGGAUCAGGUCAACAAUAAUCUGUUCUCAUUCUGCAAACCAGUGAUCAGUAGGGCGGACGAGGACACACCCACUAGCUCCACCCCCAGCUGCACCAAGUUCUACGCCAGUGAGCUACAGCUCCAGUACGCAACCAUACUGUCGAAACCAUCUUCUUCAACCAAGUAUAAAAAUGAGGGUGAGGAAAGGAUUGACCCAAAGUUCUACAAUGUUCGUCCAAUGGGUGGAGUCAUUAUCACGGAGGAGGCGGAGUCAAUUGAAAUACAAACAGUUGACGAUGAGGCCUGCAGAAUAGUGCUGACGAUGGAGCCCCCCAAAGGGUCCCCUCCCGACAGCCGUGGGUACACUCUUCUAAUCAAGUCUCUAUUGGUCCUCUUAGACUCAGGGAUAGACUACGAGAAGCAUCAGCUGAAACUGUCAGUGCGUGUCCUGGCUGCGUGUGCGUCCCACCAGGCCUUCUGUCUGGCCUCAGGCAUUCUCAGCCAGCUGCCUCCAUCCAUCUCAGUGCUCCAGGCAGUCGUGGACUGGGACAACAUCUCUCUCACUAGCUCAUAUGGGUCCUGUCUCCUUAUCCACACCCUUCUAGUCAGACUGAAACUGAAGCUCAUCGACUUGGAAGACCUCACUGAGACGCUAUACCUGACUGGUUACAGCUCGGAGGAGUCUGACGAGCUCCUGGCAAAGGUAAUCUCAUUAGUGGAUUCUCGGGAGAUCUUCAUCAACAACGCUCUACAGCUGUUCCAGAAGUUUCUCUCCAUGCCUGACUCCACCCAGCUGCCUAUGAUCGCCAUAAUAGCUAUUGACCUACUAGUCUGCCUACUGCACAGAGAACUGUCUCAAGCCUCCAAAGAGAUACAGAACGACGCUCUACCGGUCAUCCUCAAGCUAGCUGACAAACUUCUCAAACAGGGACAUCUCUCCAUACUCGCUAGUUCUCAUCACUUGAACACUUUGCAGCUUAGCAACGGAGAUAAAACUGCCGUCAACGUGCUGUUAAGCAUCACACCUUAUAAGGAAUCGUUGCCACUCUUUUUUCAAUCCGAAAUCACAGAGCGAAUACAGUUCUUUGAUCAUGCUAUCUUGAUCGACGGGAAGGUGAAAGACGACCUGUUGUCAUGUGAUCCUGACGAGCUCCUCGGCUCUCGUUGCGUACAGAAAUACCUCAAUCUUCAUUUCAGAGCCUUUUCAGGCACACAAACUUUUAGUCCUGUACGUACCCUCAAGAGUGCCAUUCAUUCGUGUCUGGGUGUGGUCAACAGUUUCCAAGACUCCCUCUCUUCCCACACUGACUUGAUUGUCCCCAUAGCAGCCGAUGCUUUAUCGGAGAGCCUUUAUGCUAAGUCUCUUGGCCAACUUGUUGAAACUCUGCCAGAACAAGAGGAGCGCUCCAUGCUCUACCAGUUGAAGCUGUGUCUGUCUGCCGUUUCAGAUCCUGAGGUUGCCAAGAGCGAUCGGUUCCAUCGGUUACUGUGUGAAGUGUACCCGACAGCUGGCAAGUUAGUUGGCUCUAGUAUUCUCUCGUCUGCCCUGUUCUCUGAGGAAGGGGAUAUCUCUCUGGCUGAUCUGGUGAUGCUCUCCACCAAGCCAGCUGCCGAGGACCUCCUCUGCUCCAGACAGAUCUACUCUGUUCAGAAGUGCAUCAGUUUUCUCACCUUGCUACUAAAACAGGCAGUCACGUCACCUGACCCUCUCAUAGCAACUGUGCUUAACAAGCAGCUGUCUAGUCUAGCUGCCACACCGCUCUCUGACCUAGAACACUGGGCAGAGAAGGUGUUCAUGGGCCCUAGUGGCAGAGAAGCGGGUGAAAAUGGCCUAACCAUAGCCCUGCUCAAUGCUAAAGAAUUCUUCUUCUUCGUGGACAUUCUGAUGAAUUCCACAAGCCGAGUGGACCUGGCACUACCUAAGCAGCUACUCCUCGCCCUACUCCCAGUGGCCCCGAGCAUCAUCAAGCUCCUCUCCCGCCACACUCAGCCACGCCUCUCGUCCAUAUUCUACCACUUCAUGCUCAGCUGUACUAUUCUAGCGGCCACAGUCGAGGGAGGUCACCUGAUACUAGUCAAGGCCGUAGAAGAUUGGUUGCCUGUUUGCAUUCAAGUGCUCAAAGACACUGACAAUUCGUCAUCCAUAGAUACUAUCGUUCUGUAUUUGUCUGAACUGAGUUCGGCACUCUCGUAUGCGACUGGCGUUGCCGGGGUGACUGAGAAACGAGGGUUGGCCGGAGAGGUCGAGUGUCUCGUGGUGGACUCUGACCCUGAAUCAGAUGAUGAAGGGGCGGGGUCAGGUGGUGUGGUGGGCGGUGAUGAUGACUCGGCAGCUGAUGAAUCAGACGAAGAGGACCUCAACUCUAAGCUGUGUACCUUCACGAUCACCCACCGGGAGUUCACCAACCAACACUGGUACUGUUGUCAUACGUGCAAGCUGGUCGAGGGUCAGGGGGUGUGUACCAUCUGUGCCAAAGUGUGUCACAAAGGUCACGACCUCUCCUACUCCAAGUUCGGCUCAUUCUUCUGUGACUGCGGAGCUAAGGAGGACGGCAGCUGUCAGGCACUGGUGAAGCGUGAUGGUGGGGGUGUGGCCGACUCCCCCCUCUCUCCACACGAGAGAACACUCUUCUCUGAUAAUACCACUGAGAAACGGAUGAGAAGAGAAGAGAUGAUCCCUACCAAAAAGAAAGAUGCAACGACCAAGGAGAAGAAGGCUGGUAAAGACAAGAAGAAGAGGGAUCAACAGCGACAGUCAUCGUUCCCCUCACUACCAGUGACUAAACUAGCCAAGCAGAUUGAGGGAUACAAGACGGAGCUACAGGACUACCUGGUGUCCUCUCGUAUCCCUGCCCUCACCAUGCAGAUGCUAGGUCAGGUGCUGCCAUCAGUGGUGGCCAGUGUCGACCAGACCUCUAGUUUUGGACGCAGUGCUGCGAGGCAAGCCAUGACCGACUUGCACCACUGUAGCAAGGAGGUGGACUACUCUGACACUCUCAUGGCUGCCACCCUCGGCUCUCAGGAAGGUGCCUUUGAGAAUGUCCGCCUCAACUACAGUGGUGACCAGGGUCAGACAAUACGCCAGCUGGUGAGCGGUCACUGUGUCAAGAGGGAGGCCAUGUGUGCUCUACUCUCAUUGAAUGGGAAGAGACAGCACUUGUGUGUUAACCAUGACAAGGGAAAACUGACUGUGCUCCAGCUCUUCCCAAUACUCAAGCAGGCUGAUUCUAAUAGGAGGAAGCUUACUCUCACUCGCCUAACAACGACCUCUGUACCCUUCACUGUAUUGUCUAUGAGUCACAGUCCUUCUAAGGAGGACCACCUCGCAGUGAGUGGACUCAAGGAUGCACAGCUACUCACACUCAAUUCCUCGGGUCAGGUGAUCACACGGGAGAACAUGCAUCCCUCCGUGGGUACCAACGGAUACAUCGUCAAGACAAUGUGGGUGCCUGGUCAAGGUGGUGAGUUAUUGCUGGUGUCAGACACCUUUGUGAAGCUCUACAACACCAAGGUGGACAUUGUCAGUCCAUCAUUCUACUUUGAACUGCCAAUGGGGAAGAUACGAGACGCCACCGUUGCCAUUACCGACCAGGACAAGUUUGUGGUGAUCAUGACGACACAGGGCAAGAUCUACUAUCAGCCCAUCAUCUACGACCUGUCCACACAGGGAGGUCCCAUAUAUUUCACCAUGGACCUGCCUAUCAAGCAUACCAACGUCGUCGAAUCUGACAACACGGUGAAUGGGGGCGGGGCUUCAGUCUACUACUCCCACACACUUAGGAUGCUAUUUUUCAGUUACUACAACGGUCGUUCCUUUGUGCUUGCCCCCCAGUCGUCAUUCUCCGGCUACAACUCACUCGCAGAGCUACCCCUCAAGGCGACCCCUGUGACCCCUGGUACAAAGGGGGCGGGGCCAGCACUCGUACAAUGGACGGAGGUACAGCACCACCCCGGCCUCGUGUGUGCGCUCACACAGACACUGGCCAACCCCGUCGUUAUUCUAGUCAAGCCGGACAAAGUUCAAAUCCAGGAGUUGAAAGCACUGCCCAACAAAGCUAGGGUGCAAGGAAUGGUUGCUAUGAGACAGCCAGCUGCUCAGGGAGAUACACAGAGCUCCCAGAGCCGCACCACCCUCAUGACACUGUGUGAGGACGGUAGCCUGAGGAUAUACGUCACUAACAAGAACACAAACACCGAGUAUUGGCUGCAACAGAACUUUCAACCAGCUAGCCCUCUGGCUGUUCUCAAGUCCAAGGAGAGGAGCACAGCCACCAGUCGACACUCAGGAUCACCAAAGUUCUCUGUGGACUUCUUUGAGAGCUGUCACCAGCUGCAGCCAAAUGAAGUCGAGUUUGGCGGUGCCGACAUUCUCCACAUCUACAACCACAGCCAGGUGAAGACUCGACUCAACGCAGGCAGUCUCUACCUUGCUAACAACAAGCCCUCAGGCUUCACAGUGGAGGUCAGCAACACCGUGUCCCAGAUGACAGUGAUUGUGGGUCUUCGUGUGCAACUGGGCUCCCACUCAAUGGAGAAGGCACCGUCCUUCAUCGAGGUGUUUGGACGCACGCACACGGUGAGCUUCCCAGCUGGCAUGUGUCGAUGGGUGGACAUACCGCUCAUGAGGGAGGAGUCACUGCAGGCUGACAAGAUGGUCAAGAUCAACUUUGGUCCCAGCAUGGAUCCAUCUGGUGUCAACUUGAUUGAUUGUAUCAAGGUAUACACUCGUACCAAGGCCGGGUUUGGUUGGCCUGACGACCCUCCACCUCCUCUCCCUACCCCCAGCAAGGCAGGGACACCUGGCCCCUCCCAGGGGGCGGAGUCAGAGGAUGAGAGCUCAGACAUGGCCGUGAUUGUGUCUACAAAAACUGUCUCAUCGUCAGACAACUUGGUGUGUCAUUCAUUUGAUGUGCUGGCCAACCACUGUCUCUCUGUCGACAAGGAAAAGUGGCCCAAUGUGUCAGAGGUCAUCACCAAGGCAAUGAACCUGCUGACGUACAGUGUGCCGUUCCAACUGCAAUAUCAUUACAAGUUUCUCCUAGCUUGCACUGUCAGCAACAGAGAGGCUUACCUCGAGGAGAAGGAUCGUAUCCAGCUGUCUCAGGUGGUGAGCACCCUCACUGAUGCACAGAGCAAAGACACGCUUAUUGAACCAGAGUACUAUCAAUAUCUGCUACUACUGCUCCUCAAAGUGGGCAAGGUUCGUCCGGACAACCUGCUGCUAUUGGCCGCUCAAGUCGGGUCGUUGCUAGGUGAGGGGGUUGCCGAGGGAGACCGAGUACCACUCUUUAUUGAACUCCUUGUCAAUGUGUUCUGGAAGAUCCUGACAAAGAAUGCUGCCAGUCCAUCUGUGAAGCCUGUCGUUAACCCUGGCUUCACUCUGGUCAAUCUGACGGUGACCUGUCUCACGGAGGUCAUGUGGUUGUGUGUACUGCAAGACCACACCCUACUAUCCGUCGUACUCACACACACCAUCAAGUUCCUCUUCUACACUGACUCACAAGUGUGUGUGCCCGUUGUCAAGGUGCUGAUGAAGAUGCUCAAAAACAAGAAACCUCGUAAAGAAAAGAAAGAGGAAGAGGUGGUCGCUGAAGAAUCAGAAAAAGCUGAAGCUGCUCAAGAGGAUGAACCCAGUGACCCUGUGCCUAGUGAUGUUGGUGGAGAUGCUGAGGGCCCUCCUGCACAAGACGAGGGUGGAGAGGGAUCAGUAGAGCAAGCUGUUGAGAACCAGGAACAACAAGACUUUGGAUGGCAGCAGUUGGAGAUGCCUCCUCAAGAGCCUCUCCCAGCUGGCAAUCAAGCCAGCCUACUGCAAGCUCUGGGAGGUAAUCAAGCGGGCCUGAUGCAAGCCCUGGGGGGUAACCAAGCAGCCCUACUACAAGCCCUGGGGGGUAACCAAGCUGGCCUUAUGCAAGCCCUGGGGGGCAACCAAGCCGGCCUCAUGCAGAUACUAUCCAAUCCUGACCAGUACAUGAUGGCUAUGAAUGAGUUCCUCCCAGACGAUGACGCCAUGAUGAAUAUGGCAAUACAGCUCAGUCUGCAGCAGAAUGAGGAGGGAGGGGGCGGUGCUGACAUGAUCGGGGAGAUGGCCCAGCCCCUAUUGUCUGCUAUGCAAGAUAUGGGACUACCAGUGCCCCAAAUGAACCAGCCCCCCUCAUCACAGAGCUCUGCUAACGAGGUGGGACAGCCUCCUUCUGAACCACCCCCUCUACCUAGUAGAGAGGAGGUCAGUGGGCGAUCAAGCUCCUCAUCUCUUGCCUCGUUAUCAAGAGCUCCUAUGAGUCAGAGCCCCCUCCUGAUACGCAGCUGGGAGCAUGUGAUGCAGGAUGUGGCAGCAGCGGAGGAGAAUGGGGAGGGUGAUGUGGAGGAGGAGCCAGAGGAACCCUCGGAUGAUAAGCAAGCUGACGAGACCACUGAGGCAGAGAUGGCCAAUGAUAGCACUGGAGAGGACGAGCUAGAAGAUGAUGACCCAGGUACUGAGGAGGACCUCCCUCUCAUGUUUGACUCAUGUGAUGGGCAGGAUGCUGGAGAGGGUAACACUCGAUUGGCCUCUCUGAGACACGCCCUCAUCACACAGCUGCUUGAACGGCUGGACCAGGCGGAGGAAGUGGGUGGUCUCAGGUCCAUAUGCUACCUACAGCUGCUCAUGUUUUUAACGAUGAACCUGGACCGUCAUCGUGAGGACGCCAACCUUCUCGUCUCCUUGGUAACCACCUUCUCAUCUCGACUCUUUACAGAUGAGGGGGUGGGCAAGAUGGUUACUCGAGACCACACCCAUGAGACACGCCUACUCUAUCUGCGGUUCAUUAAUAUACUCAUGUCUAGGAAAAAGGAUCGCAGCAAAGAAGGAAAGCCGGCAUAUGCGUCUCACAUGCUCUUCUACACGACGGCUGCCACCCUCCUCAAGGACACGCCUCUCCUUGACUACAGCAGACAGCUGCUCUCUGAGAUCACCACUCGACCUCAGUGUCUGCAAGUAUCUGAGGAUUCCCCCGCUAGCUCCUCCCACUCCACCUUCACCCACCCCUUAGAUGACCUGAACCCGUUCUUUGACAAGCAAUUCACCAAGAACAACACGGACGUGUUCUCCAGUUAUGGUCGUCUCCUGGCAGAGAUCCUAUUGGUCCUUCCGUGUCAGUUGAAGAAAGCCAGCGAGAGCAACAGGAACAUCCCCCCUCCCGAGUUCGGACCCGACUGGAUGGCCACACUCUGUGACUUCUUGUUGAAGGUGUCUCAGACUAUUGGAGUGGGGCGGAGACACGUGAGAAAGUUAUUGCUUCACAUCUGUGGCUCUAAGGAGAACUACCGUCUGACAAGGGACGUUCAUGCCCUCAGGAAUCACCUCAGGGAGGUCGUAGGCACCUGCUGCACGAGCGGCUUCAACCCAGAGAAACACACGGGCCUGCCAGUGCACAUGGCCUAUACCUCCAUGCUAAAGGUGAUUGAGCAGCUGCGUUCGUGUGAGGAGAUAGCCUCAUCUCGUACUAACAACUGGCAGGCAUUCUGUCAGCAGGAGACGAACACUCUCCCGUACCUCCUCCACGUGAGUAUGGUCCUGAACGAGGGGGUUGCCCCUCUCAUCCUGAGACUCCUACACGCGGCCCUGGCUGGUGUGCCCCCUGCAAAGACUACACCCACUAAUGCAGCGGAGAGAGAGGGGAUAUUACGACGACCGUCCAAGAAAGACAAGGAGGCAGCAAAGGAAAAGGAGACAACCAAGCAGCCAGAGCCUGACAAAGAAGCGUGCAGUGUUCUGGUCCAAACCUUCCUCUCCUCCAUUGAUGAAGCCUCUCUGUCGCGGUUCAUCUCCCUCUUCCUUCUCCAGUCAAACUCCACCUCCUUGCGCUGGCAGGCACACAAGUUACUGCACACCCUCUAUCAGUACAGCCAGACUCCACAGCAGGUGUCACUGGUGGAGACCCUCUGGGAGAUGUGGCCCCAGAUGCCCACUUAUGGCCGUAAGUCCGCUCAGUUCGUGGACCUCCUUGGAUACCUGUCCAUCUCCACACCGCAAGUGCUGGAGAAGGAGUCGUUGUGCCAAGGCUAUGUAGAGAGAGCCAUUGACCUGCUCAAGGGCCUCAACAGUCAAGUCUCAACCCACCCAAACUUCCACAUCUACUCACAGCUGCAGAAUUUGGUGGACUUUGACGGGUUCUAUUUGGAGAAUGAGCCGUGUCUAGUGUGCAAUGACCCGGAGAUACCUUACUCUGUAUCCAAGUUACCAGCUAUCAAGUCUGAGAUCAAGUACAGCCCCAAGAUGAUACUGGUCAAGUUACAAGGCUCCUACAAUAUCGCACAGCUGGUCCUCCGCAUCUCAGACAUCAAGAGAACCAAAAUGGUGCGUACCGUCAAUGUUUACUAUAGCAACAGGACUGUGGCGAAUGUCAUUGAACUAAAGAACAAGAGGAAGAUGUGGAUGACUGCACGCAGCUGUACCCUCACCGCUGGUCAGAGUGAAGUCAAGAUUGACUUCCCCUUGCCGAUAGUCGCUAGCAACCUGGUCAUUGAGUUCAGAGACUUCUACGACAACCUACAGGCUGGAUCCGAGUUGCUCCAGUGUCCCCGUUGCCAGGCAACAGUCUCCGCCCACCCCGGGGUGUGUGGUACGUGUGGAGAGAACGUGUAUCAGUGUCACAAGUGUCGUGCCAUCAACUAUGAUGAGAAAGAUCCGUUUCUGUGCAAUUCUUGCGGUUUUAGUAAGUACGCCAAAUUUGACGUGUACGUGGAACACAAGUCAAGCUCAGCAGUCGACCCCAUCGAGACGGAGGAGGACAGACAGAAGACGACCUCCAGCAUCAACAGCAUGCUAGAGACAGCCGAUAGUAUGUACAAGGUCUUAGUUCAGCACAGGAACGACUUGGACCAGCUACUGGGAUCUCUUGCAGGGGGAAUCAUCGUUUCCCCUGGAGCUAACCUCCCCACGGACACUGGUGCCAACAAGGGCAUCCUAUUGGUCGCUCAACGCUACUCAAACGAUUGCAAGACUACAUACACGGAACUGAGUAAGAUCAUCCGAGGUGUGUUAGCAUCACGUAGAGAGCUGGUGGGAUACGAUCAGAGGAUUGUUGAGUUUGGAACAGGCGUGAUCCCUGAGGAGGGUGGUCCAGAACAGAACAAUGGAACUAGCGGAUCGUUGUCCAUCCCGACCGUGAUCCGAGUUGACUCUGCCCACUCUACCCCCACCCCUAAAGGCCACGCCCCUCAUCAAGGAUGGUGCUUUGGCUGCUCGUCAGCAUCAAUUGAACAUUGUAUCAACCUCCUUAAAGCUCUAGCAUUUGUCGCACCCACACGACGUUUGUUAGUCACACAGAACCUGAUUAGAGAACUAGUACGGGUUAACCUGAGGUCAGGUAGUCUACAGAUGAGGAUACAUGUGAGACGCCUCCUCUGUCAGCUGACCAGAGAUGACCCGGUGGCCACUGCUGAGCUCAAUAGCUACAUACUGGACAGAGUGUUGGACCAGAUAGCACCGAAACACAUCACAUCUAACUUGGUUGCAGCUGUUCGUCCUGAGAUCAUGUUGCUGGCAGCCUCACUGGACAUGGAGGACUCGUGCUGGGAGGAGAGACUCAGGACAGUUGUGCGUCUGUUUCAGAAGUCCCAACUCAACACUAGUCCAGCUGUUGUCACCGGGGUUACCCUGCCCUGUCUCAAGAUACUGCAAAAUGUUAUCUACCCAAGAGAAGCAGUGAGCAGCAAAGACAAGAAAAAAUCGUUCCUGGCCGACUGCAAUGCACUUCAACUAGGUGAUGACAUCACUAUUAAGACGUCUGAUUGGCUGAAAGGAGACGCCACGUUUGACCAAUGGAAAGCAGGGAUGGACAAUCGUACAGAGCAAAGCAACGAGGAGUUGCGACAACGAAGGCUUGUGGAUAAGUAUGCCCGAAUAUGGAGAUUGAAGACCAUCAAAGUGUCCCAUUCUCGCUCGCUGCUCAAACAUGACACCUGGCUCCGCUCCAUGCUGUUCAACCGGUCGAGUCAGUCAGCUCGUCAAGCUUCCUGUCGCCUGGUGGAGUCCCUGUGUGUGGGCGAGGCUAGACACAGGCAGGUGCUCGACCUACUCUGCAGCUUCCUGGACCAGGUUAGUAAGGCUGGGGAGUCGGCACAGGAGUAUCUGGAGCUCCUACACACGCUCACGUCUGACCCCACCCACAAGUGGAAGUCGUACCUAGCCAUGAGGGGGGUGCUCCCACAGAUUGGUGAUCUGAUUGCGGCCGAGAUUGAGCACAUGACUGUUCUUGAAGACUCCACUAUGAGCUUCAACCUCUCCCAGGGUUACGCCCUGAAGAUGCUAACUGUGCUCCUCCAAUCGUUCCUAGAGGUGGAGAGCAUCAAGCGUAACUACAAGGGCAAGCUGGUCAGUGUCAUUCUCGCUGGCUACCUCUCUCUCAAGCGUCUGGUCAUUCAACGAACUAAGAGGAUCGACGAGAGUCAAGAACUCCUCCUCAAGAUGCUUGAGGAAUUAACGUCUGGUACUGACCAAGAGAGGCAAGAGUUCAUGGCCACUUGUGUGGAGACGCUCGAUAGGUUCAAGGACUCUGACCUUUUGACCCCUAUCUUCGUGUUUGAGCGCCUCUGCAAUAUCAUUCAUCCAGAGGAGAAUGAUGUUGGUGAGUUCUUCCUGUCACUGGACAAGGACCCUCAACAAGAGGAGUUUCUACAGGGUCGUAUGCAAGGCAACCCCUACCCCUCCUCCACCACCGGCCUGGGGCCACUCAUGAGGGAUGUCAAGAACAAAAUUUGUACAGAUUGUGAGCUAGUGGCGCUGCUGGAAGACGACACUGGAAUGGAGUUACUGGUGGCUAACAAAAUCAUCUCCCUGGACCUGCCAGUGAAGGACGUCUACAAGAAGAUCUGGUGUGCCCAACCAAAUAAGAGUGAUCGUAUGCGUGUCGUGUACCGAAUGCGAGGUCUCCUGGGAGAUGCCACGGAGGAUAUGGUUGAGCAGCUGGACGUUGCUAAAGAUGAAAUUGACGAAGAGGAGGGGUACAAAAUGGCGGCCAUCUUGUCUAAAUGCGGAGGAUUGGACUCUGUACUCUCUCGACUGGCUAGGGUCAAUGAUUUCAUACAGGGUCAUAAUUUGAUCUCUGCUGCACUCAAGUUGCUAGGUUACUGUGUGAAGCUGAAGGAGAACAGACAAUAUCUCUUACAACCUCAUCUCAACACUCUUAAUACAUUACUAGGCAUUCUAGAUCUGUCUCUUCACUACGAGGAGGCCAACAGCACUGGUAUAGGAGCAGCUGUGGCAGAGAAGACUCUCAAAGUGACCGAGCGGUUCCUCCAGGAGGCAAGUAGUGAGGCUCCUGUGUUGGUGAGGACACCCAGUCAUGACAGCACUGAUGGUGGGAGCAUAUCACCUGACGGAGAGGACAACAGACUGCAGGUGUUCCUCAAGCACAUUGAGAGCUCAUUCGUCCAAUCCAGUCCCUCGAUACGGGAAGGCCUCAUGCACGUUAUCCCAUUCCUGACAUUCGGUGAUCCACGUCACAUGAACGUGUUACUACAACAUUUUGAACCCUAUCUGAACUUUGAAAAAUUUGACUUGCACCAGUCGGCUGAGAACACCCUCUAUCUGGACUGCUUCUGUGUAGUAGCCGCUGGAAUUGGGAAAGACGCUAGCGGUGAGAAGCUGAAGGACUUGGCUAAGGAGACUGGGCUUACCCCGGCAGCUGUGGCCUACCUCAAGAGCAAAGUACCGAGCAAAAUUGGCUCCUUCGACACUCCCGAGUGGAAGUUGUGCAUCUCCCAACCAUCACUACCGUACGUGCUUAAGAUGCUCGCCGGUCUCUGUCAUUGGCACACGAAGACACAGGAGAUACUCAAGGAGGUCAUUUCAGAACUCCACCUACUAGAGCAGGUGGCCUCUGACCAGCACAUCGGCACGCUCGCUGAGAACCUUCUAGAGGUCGUGGCAGAGCAUCCACCAUGUUAUGAAGAGAUUAAGAGAGUCCGUAAGGCAACUAGAGAGGAGAAGAAACGACGAGCAAUGGCCAUGAGACAGAAGGAGCUGGGUGCACUGGGUAUGGAAGUGAACGAGAAGGGUCAGGUGAUCGCACAGUCCACACUCGUGUCGGAGAUGGAGGGACAGCUGAUCGAAGAGUCAGGCCUAAAGUGCUGCAUUUGCCUCGAGGGCUAUAAGAAUCAACCGCAGAAGAUUCUCGGUAUCUACACGUACACGAGGAAAGUGGCACUGGACGAGUUUGAGAACAAACCACGCAAGACUGUGGGCUACUCCACCGUGUCACACUUCAACGUGGUCCACUACGAAUGUCACUCUGCAGCUGUCAAACUUGCCCGGAGUCGAGACGAAUGGGAAAGUGCUACUCUACAGAACGCCAACACCAAGUGCAACGCCUUACUGCCGAUAUGGGGGCCCGAGAUUUCACAUACCAACUUCUCGAGUUCUGUUGCAAGGUUCCACAACUACCUACAAGAGUGUACUGGACUAUUUGACCCCUCCUUCCACACCCUCGCUCACGAUAUUCGACUGCUUCUGGUCCGGUUUGCCUACGAGAAGUCCUUCAGUGGGGAAAGUGGAGGGGGCGGUCCACAGAGCAACAUGCACCUGCUCCCCUACUACCUUCAUGUUGGAGCACACGUCAUGAACCUGAGUCACUGCUACCAGAGAGAGGAGAGGAACCUAGCAACCUUCCUGGCAGCUGCUCCUGACACCUGGGUCUCCUCCGCUUAUGAGUUGGACGGUCCCCAGUACCAGCUGGUGGUGUCACUGUUCAUCCAGUCGUUGAGUGAGUGGGAGGAGCAUCGGACCACCAUCCUCAAGAGACUGUUAGUGUUGGCCCAUGCCAGGAACAGUAGCUCCUCCCUCAUCAAGAGUCUCUCCUCGUCCUCCCCGGCAGAGUUCUCGGUGUACAAGCCGCUACUAAUGAUGUUCUCACUAGUGGACAGUCUACAUCGAGUCCUCAAGACCACACUGUCAGUGUCUGGUAGUGACCUGCCCACAGCUUUACUGGAGCACGUUCGGACCAAUGAUAGCACCGUGCUGGAAGCUAGCGACAAGCUGUUGACAGAGUUCCAAGAUCAGGUGCAAUUAUGUGAGUCCUUCCAAGAGUUCCUUGAUGUCAUGGGGUUGCUGGUUGCUAUUGACAACCCAGAUGUCUUCCUGGCGGAGUUGCUCUCCUUGGUCACAGUCACCACCGCUAGUGACAACUGAACCAGUACCAGUAGAAACUUAUUAUAAUUAUAUAUGAUUAAACAUUUUUACAAGUGUUAUUAUACUCACAAGAUUAGUUGACAUUAGCGUUUUAUAUCCAACAUUUUAGCUGAACAUUCGUUAUUAUCAUUGUGUGAUCAUAAUUAUAGUUAUUAUUAGACAGUC